AUGGGCGGUGGGAAUUUGGAUGAAGAAGAUUAUUAUCAUGGUUUAUUACCGCGUGAAGAUAUACCACAUUUGCUUAUCAAUGAAGGUGAUUUCUUAGUACGAUCAAGUGAAACAGCACCAAAUCAACCACGACAAAUCAUUAUUUCUGUUUUGGUGGAGAAAGUGGGCAGAAUUGUGAGACAUAUAGUGGUGCAACAAAAUGCUCAUGGGAAAUUUUUAACCGAUGCUAAUGCGAGUUUUGAUUGUGUUCCGGAUCUUAUACGGUUCUAUUUAAACUACGGUGAACCAAUCCUCAGUACGAUACCAAAUGCAAUUUUAAAACGUGCAAUAACUCGAGCACCAUGGGAGUUACGGCAUGAAACUGUUAUAAUCGGAAAUAAAAUUGGUGAAGGUGAAUUUGGUGAAGUAUUUUCUGGUAAAUACAGACUUCCAACAGGAAGAAUGAUUGAAGUGGCAAUUAAAGCGGCUAAAACAGCAGAAACAACAAAGGAAAAAAUAAAGGAAAUGAUGAAGGAAGCACGUCUGAUGCGUAAUUAUGAGCAUCCAAACGUCAUUCGUAUGUAUGGCGUAUGCGUCGAACAUGAACCAUUACUUAUCGUUAUGGAAUUGGUAGAUGGUGGAGCAUUGGAUGAUUUUCUCAAGAAAAAUCGAGUUUCAGUAAAGGAUAAAACCGAAAGAUUAGUUGCUGGUGGUGCUUGGGGAUUGGAAUAUUUGCAUUCAAAAAAUUGUAUUCAUCGUGAUAUUGCUGCCAGAAAUUGUUUACUUACACGUACUGGCGUAACUAAUCAAUUAAAUCUACAAAAAAAAAAAAAAAAAUUAUCUCUAUUGCAUGUUAAAAUAUCGGAUUUUGGCUUAUCGCGUGAAGGUGACGAAUAUCAUAUGACAAGAGCAAGACGAGUACCAAUUAAAUGGCUCGCACCGGAAACUAUUCAACGACUUGUUUACAAUUCCAAAACGGACGUUUGGAGUUACGGUGUUAUGGUAUGGGAAAUUUUUGCAAAUGCAUCAGAACCAUAUCCAGGAAUGACAAAUGCAGAAGUUAAAGAAAAGGUUAUAAAUGGAUACAAAAUGGCAUUUUCAUCAGAAGCACCAUCAUGGAUUGUGGAAAUAGUACAUAAUGGUUGCUGGCAAUUAAAUCCAGAAAUGAGAGCAAAUAUGGGACAAAUAGCACGACGGAUUGAACAUAAUGCUGGUUUAACAGCUCCAGUUCUUAUCAAUACACAUGCGGUAUCAGCUUUUAGAUCAGGCGAACCACUUCAACCAUCAAGUAUUGCUUGUAGUUUAUUUCAUCUCUAA